UUGGUUACGUCCCCCACGAGCUCUCUCUGUCCCUCCUAUCGCUCUUCACCGAAUCAGAAACUUCCUCCCCAUCGGCAUCCAACUUCUACUCUUUGUCAUUGUUUCUAUCUACCGUACUCUUUCAUCCUGAUGGAUAAUCAACCACCGAAUCCGGUCCCGUUUACUCCGGAUGCAUUUUUCGCUCCGGGGAUUCCUCACCAAGCCAAACCGGUGCAUAUCCUCGACCAUGGAGAGGUGGUAUGUGCGGUCACAAUCAAUAAUAUUGCCCGGCAUGUUUACACCGGCGGUAAAGGUACAGUGAAAGUAUGGGAUUUGGCUCAGGUGACCUCAAACAGCUCUCGGGACAAAUACGUCCGUUCUAUCAAACUUACUCAGGAUGGGCGCACCCUUCUUGUCGGUGGUGAAUCGAGUGUUUUGAGCAUUUGGGAUUUGGGUUCUGCCAGUCCCCGAGCGAAAUGUGAACUCAAUUUCUCUGCGCCUGCAUGUUACGCUCUAGCUGUCUCUCCGGAUGGAAAGCUUUGUUUCAGUUGUUGUUCCAACGGAAAUAUUGGUGUAUGGGACAUACACAACGGAUUGUUGAUUCGUCAGUACCAGGGGCAUUCCGAAGGUGCUUCUUGUGUCGACAUCCGACCAGAUGGGACAAAACUGUGGACCGGUGGUCUGGAUAAAACCGUGCGCUGCUGGGAUCUACGUGAACAUUCCCAAAUUAACCAAUUCGAUUUGUCCGCUCAAGUUUUCUCGUUGGGCUAUUGUCCAUCCGGUGAUUGGUUAGCUGUUGGUUUGGAGACCGAUCAAGUCGAGGUUUUCAGUCCCAAUCAUCCCGAACGAUAUCAACUCACAUUGCACGAGAGUUGUGUUCUGUCUCUUCGAUUUGCACACAGUGGUUUAUGGUUCACUUCCACUGGGAAAGAUCACUGUCUCUACGGAUGGCGUACACCGUAUGGAGCAAAUUUAUUCCAGGUAAGCACUCAAUCCCUAUUUUACUGUACUGUAAGGGGGCGGCAUCUCGUCAAGCCCCAAAAGCACCAUUCUGAAAUGAAUUCAUGCAUUGGAAUUUGCCACUUGUAUAUUUUCAUCGGAUAG